GAAAUCCUCAUACCAUCUCAUACCAAACAGGUGGCUCAGGUGAAGUUUUCUUCACUUCCAUGAUUAGUGCAGUCGAGAAGAGACGGGUCUUUCCUGCUUAAAGUCUUUGACCACUCGUACGAUCUGGUCGACCACGCCCGGCCGAACACCCAGCGUUUGGCUCCAAACAGAGCGUAGGACUGGGUCGGCCGUGCGGACCGGACGGGGCGCUUCUUUUCGACGAAGGGUGGAGUGGGACAUGAGCCGCGCGGUGCUCCAAACCUUCGAAGAAUACCAAAAGGCCCGUGUGACCUUCGUGCAGACGGUGGCGGACCUGGCUACCAGGCCACAGAACAUCGAUGCCUUGCAGAACGCCGGCGUCAUGGUGCUGCUGAGGCCCCUGCUGUUGGACAAUGUGGCCUCCAUCCAGCAGUCGGCGGCGCUGGCCUUGGGCCGUCUGGCCAACUUCAACGAGCAGCUGGCCGAGUCGGUGGUCACGCACGAAAUCCUCCCGCAGCUGGUCUACUCGCUGGCGCAACAGAACCGCUUCUACAAGAAGGCGGCUGCCUUUGUUCUGCGCGCCGUGGCGAAGCACUCGGCUCCCCUCGCGCAGGCGGUGGUGGAUUCCGGCGCCAUGGAGUCCUUGGUCAUGUGCUUGGAGGAGUUUGAUCCUUCAGUGAAGGAGUCGGCUGCCUGGGCCUUGGGCUACAUCGCCAAGCACAGCAAAGAGCUUGCGCAGAGCGUGCUGGAUGCCGGCGCCGUGCCCCUGCUCGUCUUGGCGUAUCAGGAGCCCGACCUGACCUUAAAGCGCAUCAGCGCCUCCGCGCUGAGUGACAUCGCCAAGCACAGUCCAGAGCUGGCACAGGUGGUGGUGGACGCUGGCGCCUGCGUCUUGCUGGUGAAGGAGAUCACCAACAGCGACGCCGCCCUCAAGCGACAGGUGUGCGCCUGCCUCGCGCAGAUCGCGAAGCAUUCGGUGGAUCUGGCGGAGGUGGUCGUAGAGGCCGAAGUCUUCCCACGGCUGCUCCAUGUGCUCAAGGACGUGGACGAGUUGGUCCGGAAGAAUGCCGCAACCUGCAUUCGCGAGCUCGCACGGCACACGCCUGACCUGGCGAAGCUCAUCGUGAACGCUGGGGGCAUCGCAGCGAUGGUGGACUAUGUGCAGGAAUCACGGGGCAACGCCAGAUUACCUGGCAUUAUGACGUUAGGCUACGUGGCGGCCUUCAGCGAAACCCUGGCGCUGGCCGUGGUCGUCUCGAAGGGCAUCCCGCCCUUGAAGGAUGCGCCCAUCAACGAGCCGGAGGACCAUGUGAAGGCGGCAGCUGCCUGGUCCUUGGGCCAGAUUGGUCGGCAUAGUCCGGAUCAUGCCCGUGCGUUGGCGGAAGCAGAUGUGCUGAGAAGGAUUCUGGCGGUGUACCUCCAUCAGGAUUCCAGUGAAGACUUGCAGCUCAAGGCGAAACGCGCCCUGAAGAGCGUCGUGCAGAAGUGCACCCAUCUGCCAGCGCUGGAGCCGCUGCUGGACUCGCCACCCAACAUCCUCAAGUAUGUCGUCCAGCAGUUCGCGAAGGUCUUGCCCAACAACGUGGAAGCGAGAAAAGCCUUCGUUCAGUCUGGCAGCCUUCAGAAGCUUCAGGAGGUGCAAGCGGAGAGCGGCUCCAAGCUGCAGGAGAUGGUGGAUACCAUCAACUUGCAAUACCCUCCGGAGAUUGUGCAGUACUACUCGCCCAAUUACGCUCAGGCGUUGUUGGAGAAGAUGGAGGACUUUGCCCCAAAGGGCUGAGAGGGUCUGAGCUGCUGGCGCCCACCCGAGGACCUGAAUUGGCAGAUCUCGGAACCACCUAGGCCGUUUGCCUCGGAGUUCCAAACAUGAAUUCGAUGACGCUUUUGGUCGAAUGCGCAGCUUGCGCGAGGUCAGGUCUAGCGCGGCAUCUCAGAUCAAACACACACGCUUGGGAGAGAAGAAG